UCCUUCCUCCUCAUCAAUCCAACCAACCAAUUCGUGGGUCCCACCCCUACAGCCGCUCAAACUCAUCCCAAUCCCUAAACCCAGCUCACCCAAAUCCACAAUAUAAUCCACCUUCUUUCCCACGCUACCACUUUUCCUUCUUUACUCACAAAUACAAUGCCCGCUGCGAAAACUAUGUCACUCUAACCCUAAAUUCCAAUUCCCAAAAAAAAAAAAUUUCCAAAAUGGAAAACUAUUCCUACUCAUCCUACCCUGAUUCCCGAGACUCCUCUCCUCGCUCUCGCGAAAUCGACUGCGAAAACCAGUCAUGGGAAGAGCCUCCUUCUUCCAACUACAAGGUCAAAUUCAUGUGCAGCUAUAAUGGUAAGAUUCAACCUAGGCCUCACGAUAACCAGCUCGCUUAUGUCGGCGGCGAAACCAAAAUCCUAGCCGUCGAUCGCAGCAUCAAGUUCAACGCUAUCAAGUCUAAGCUUUCUUCGAUUUGCAACGACGCUGAUCUUUGCUUCAAGUACCAACUCCCCGGCGAAGAUCUCGACGCUUUGAUUUCUGUGACGAAUGAUGAGGAUCUCGAGCACAUGAUGUUGGAGUACGAUCGGUUGCUUCGCGGUUCGGCUAAGCCUGCUAGGCUUAGGUUGUUUCUGUUUCCGGUGAUUUCUGCGCCGCCGAGUUUUGCGACUGGCGAUCCGAAAUCGGAGCGGCAGUGGUUUGUGGACGCUUUGAAUUCUGUUCAGUUGGAAGGCUCUUCUCCGCCUGCUUCUGCUGCGGCGGCGGCUGCGGGGAAUCCGGAUUUUUUGUUUGGCUUGGACAAGGGGUUUUCAGUUAUUCCAGCGGCGAAGUUUCAAGAUUCUACGCCGGCUCAGACGGUUCCGGAUGUGGUUCCGACGAAGGACAUGUCUGCCGGAUCGGACUGUGGAUCGGAGGACCGCCACGUGGUUUCCGAUCCACAGUUAAUGUCUCAGGCGGAGAUCCAGAGACAGAUCCAUGAAUUGCAGAGAAUGCAAAUCGCGAAUCAAGAGCAAGCAGCGAUGUAUCAAAGAAAAUCCGAUGAAAUAAACCCUAGGGCUUACGUUGGAGACUACUACACUCAGAAAGUACCGGAAAAGAUUGCUCCGGCUCCUGCUCCGGUACCGGUACAAAUGCAGAUUCCGCCUACGUACAUGCCGGAAAGACACAUGACCACCGCCGGAGGAGUCUAUCCCAUGGCGGCGGCGCCUGGUGCGGCGGAGCACCAAAUGUAUCUGAUUCAAACACCAACUGGUGUAUACCAGGCUGUACGACCGGUACCCAGUCCAGUCAAUCAAAAUUACUACGGAGUCCAGAGGGUUGUACAGGAAACUUACCGGGAACAGCCGGUAUACAAUGCAGUAGCUCAACAAGGAAAGAUCGUAGGAGGGGCUUAUAAUGAGGGGAAUAUUCCAGUGAUGCAGCAGCAGCAGCAGCAGCAGCAAAUGUAUUACACGACGCAAGGCGGCGGAGUUAUGGCGGCGGCGGCGAGCUAUCAGACGGUGGCGCCUGUGGCGGUUGAUAGUAGACAAGGCGGUGGCGGCGGUGGUGGUGUUGUUUUGAAUCAGGAGGGUAAGGUUGUUACCAAGGCUUCAUAAUAAAAAUCAUAUAUAAGAAAGCCUUUUGCUACUAUCAGCUAUGUGAAAUUGUGUGUCACAUUUGGUUCAUAAUUUACUACAUACAACUUAAAUUACUAUCCUCAGUUGGUAGAGUAUUUUUAUUAUUAUUAUUUUAUUUUGAUAGUUUAAAUAAAAAAGAGAAUGAAGGAUUUAUAAUAGGUUUUUUUUAGUGAAUGUUUUAUGUUGGUUUGAGUGAUGCUUGUUUGUUGGGAUUGUGUGUGUGUGUGAGAGAGUGUAUAUUUGUGACUAGUUUUUUUACAAUUUUGGCAAUAAACUAAUGUAAUAGACUUAAAAGAUUAGUGAUUUCAUGGUAGUAGUUGCCAAUA